AUGAGCUCGUCGCUCGGCAAGGCCCUCCAACGCUCGAAGCGGGCCACGGAGCGGCAGGGACGACGCAGUUAUCGUGAUGCCUUAGAGAACGAACGUAACGCCGCCCUGGAUGCGGAGCUGCACCAGCAGGAGGUCGGCCGCGCCAAAACACAGAUGAAGUCCAUCUGGGAGACAAACGACCUGGAGAAUUUCCUGUCCAUCGCUGACGCGCGCGAGGAGAGCUACUUUGCUGAGCGUGACGUACGUGUCGUCAUUGGCGGCCGUGUGUAUGUCGUGCAGCAGGACAAGAUCGUCCCAAAACAGAUGCCGAUGGACGAGGCUCAUUUGGACUGGCAGAAGCUAAGCGAGUCGUUGACGAUUCCGAAGCGGCCGGUGUGGAACUGCAAGAUGUCCGCCGAAGACUUGCAGGCGGUAGAGAAAAAGGCCUUUGUGGACUGGCGCCACUCCCUCGCGCAGAUCGAGGAGGAGCACAAAGUGCUGCUGACGCCGUAUGAGCGCAACCUCGAGGUGUGGCGACAGCUGUGGCGCGUCGUGGAGCGGGCCGACGUCGUCGCAGUCAUCGUAGACGCGCGCAACCCACUGAUGUUCCGCAGCGCCGACUUUGAAAAGUACGUGAGGAGCGCCACGAACAGCAAGGGGGAGCCAAAGAAGGUGCUGCUGCUGCUGAACAAGUCGGAUCUGCUGACCGAGGCUCAGCGGCGGGCCUGGGCGGCCUACUUUCAGCAGCGUGGCGACGACUUCUUCUUCUUUUCCGCCAAGCCGCUGCAGCCCUUCACCCAGGACGCCGCCGCCACCGCUACUGCCGCCUCCUCGUACGCCAUUGCAGGCAGCGAUGACGAGGAUGAGCAGGAGGAGGAAGUCGAUGCUUCACUCGACGCGGAAGGGGUGCAGCUCACGGCGGAGCAGGAGAAGGCGGUGCUGGACAAGGUGAUGAAGCACAAGAGGGAGAAGACGCGGCACAAGAAGAAGGCGCUGCGGGCCCCGGUCAAGGUAGCAAAUCCAUACGAGCUCGCCGCGAAGCUCCAGGCCAUGAAAGAGCAGGCGCACGAGCCGAGGGUGAAGGAGGAAAAGCCACUGACCGAGGAGGAGCUGGCGCGUAACUCACGCACAGCGGCGGGGGCUGCCGCCGUGAAGCGCGAGCCGUGGACCGUGCUCGAUCCGAUGCAGCUGCUGGACCAGCUCGCCCUUCUCCGUGAGGAGGCUGGGGUGACAGAUGUGAACACGCCGCUGAUGGUCGGCCUUGUCGGAUACCCGAACGUGGGCAAAUCGUCCACCAUCAACGCCAUCAUCGGCUGCAAAAAAGUGGUGGUGAGCGCCACACCAGGCAAGACGAAGCACUUUCAGACUCUCACGAUUCCCAACGAGCGCCGCGUGGCUCUGUGCGACUGCCCUGGUCUUGUCUUCCCCUCGUUCGCAACGACCAAGGCGCAGAUGGUGUGCGACGGCAUCCUCCCCAUUGACACAGCCACCGACACGUUGGAGGCGACGGCCACCAUAUGCCGCCGCCUGCCUCGCCCGGUGUUGGAGGAGGAGCUCAACGUAUCACUGCUGGCUGAGGACGACAUCGACGAGAGCGACUCGCUCGCCGAACGGCUGCUGAAUGCGCUGGCACGUCGACGCGGCUACAUGGCGUCCCACGACCGUCCCAACAAGGCACGUGCGGGCAAGGAGCUGCUGAAGCUGUACGUGGACGGGUAUUUCGUGUACGUCGAGCCGCCGCCUACCUACCGCCCCGAUGCGGCGGCGCUGUCGCUGAACACGUACGUGGAGCAACACGCCUCCGCUUCACCUGCGGCAGUGUCCGCUGUACGCGGCGGCGAGGCGGCGACAGAAGAGAUUGAUGAAGAGUGGGAAGACGACGACGAUGCGGUUGGGCUGGAACUGAACAGCGAGGAGGAAGAAGCUUGGGCUGAUCUUGACUCCGCCGACGAUGCCCGCGCCCUGAGUGAGCCCGGGGACGGUGAUAGCUACUUGAUAGACAUGGACCUGGAGGAUGCGGCGCCACCCAUGUUCUAUGCGCGCCCGCACGCCCUGCGCAGCACGUUCACCCGCUAUGAGCUCUUCAACAUGGAGGCCAACGAGGCGCGCAUGAGGGCGCUGAAGAAGGUGGAGCGGCGUCGCAGGAAACGGACGAACCACCAGCUCGAGCCCGACACACACACAUUUGUGAACCGCCAAGGCGAAGUGGAGCUGCGCAUUGACGACGACGACGGUGUGCUGGAGCUGGUGACACCCACCGGCGGGCCGGUGCGGCCAGCGACAAGGGCGAAGCCCAAGUCGAAGCGCCAGCAGCGCCGCGAGCUGAAGCAGGUAGGCGUAGGACCGUUGAACCGCUACGGGCAGCGGAAAGGCAUCCAGGGCUACUGA